AUGAGUCGGACUUCAUUGAUUUUGAUAAUAGGAAUUUGCAUAGGCUUUGUAGUUGGAGUGUGUUUGGCACUUUCAAUUUUAUUAUGCUUCAGGUGUGGAUGGAAGCGUACAAAGGUGGAGAAGAGCAGUUCUGAGAGAGCAGUGGCCAUUCCUGCUCAUGUAGAAGGGGUUUAUUCAAGCUCAACAUUAUCAGACUCCAAUGUGGGUCUGGAAUCACCCGGAACAUCUGAGUGGAGUAACAUGCCUUUAUGGUUGGAAGGACUUAGGAGAAAGAGUGUAGUUUCAGCAUGUGGAAUUCCCAAAUAUUCUUACAAAGAUAUGCAAAAGGCUACUUCUAAUUUCACAACCAUCAUAGGCCAUGGAGCGUUUGGUCCUGUUUACAAAGCACAGAUGUCCACAGGUGAGACAGUUGCAGUUAAAGUUCUUGGUACUGAUUCAAGACAAGGAGAAAAUGAAUUUUUAACUGAGGUCCUAUUACUUGGAAGAUUACACCACAAAAAUCUUGUUGGUUUGGUAGGAUAUGCUGCAGAAAGAGAGCAGCGUAUGCUCCUUUACAGUUACAUGAGCAACGGCAAUCUUGCUUCUCAUUUAUAUGGCAAAAAUCAUGGGCCAUUGUGCUGGGAUGUGAGACUUAGCAUAGCACUAGAUGUUGCAAGGGGACUGGAAUAUCUACAUUUUGGGGCUGCUCCACCUGUUGUGCACCGUGACAUCAAAUCUUCCAACAUACUGUUGGACCAGUUUAUGAGAGCUAAGGUCACUGACUUUGGGCUCUCCAGACCUGAGACAAUCAAACCUCGUAUCUCAAAUGUCAGAGGAACUUUUGGAUAUCUUGAUCCUGAGUAUAUGUCUACCAAAACCUACACCAAGAAAAGUGAUGUUUACAGUUAUGGUGUGCUGCUGUUUGAGCUUAUUACUGGCAGGAAUCCACAGCAGGGGCUCAUGGAAUACGUAAAACUAGCAGCCAUUGAAGGUGAAGGUAAGGUUGGAUGGGAAGAAAUUGUGGAUUCGCAGCUGAAUGGAAAAUAUGAUGUGCAUAAGCUUAAUGUUAUGGCUUCACUUGCAUUCAAAUGUGUCAAUGAAGUCUCCAAAAGGAGACCUCCAAUGAGGGAAGUUGUUCAAACAUUAUCUCAGCUUUGUAAGAAGCAUGGUAGAAAUCAUAGCCGAACAUCUACUUCUGCCUUAAAGGAAGUUUCCAUUGAAGUGGACCAGCUAGAAACUCAUAGCUUUUCAUCAAUUAAGUUUUCAAAGGAGCUGCGCAGAUUGCAUAGCCGAUAA